AUGGCCACUGCCACUCCUCCAGAGCCCGACUCUGCAGAGACCGCUGCUAUGCCUGCAGAGCCCGUCUUCACCUCUGCCGUACUUAUGGAGCCCACUUUUGACUCUGCUGUGCAUCUGGAGCCCGGCCCAAGAGGGGCCGCUGCUCCAUACAAGCCUCCAGAAUCUGCCUCCCAGCUGCACCCUGCUUGCUUCCAGUCGAGUCUGUUUGCAUUGACUUCUCAGCACAUUUCCGCUUUUGCAGAGGACCAGAGACUUCACGGCAAACUGGAGAACUUAGAACAGGUUCUAAAGCAUAUGCGAGAGGUUGCUGAGCGUAGGCAACAGUUGGAAUUUGAACAUGAUCAGGCCCUGGCAGUCCUCACAUUCAAACAGGAUGAGGUCAAACGACUGCAGAGAGCCCAGUUUGCUGCUAAGAAGGAGCAGGAGGGAGUUGUGCAGAUGCUGGAAACCACACUGGACAGCAUGCAGGUAAUGGCAAAUAACAUUAUCAUUUCUUCCCACAUACAGAAGUGGACAGAUUUGUUGGCACAUUCUGUCCUGCAUCUGGAGGAGCCAAAUACCCAUGUUCUUCUGCUCCCAGAUGCUGAGAGGAGAGGCCCACCUCAGGUCUUCAUUAGCAGAUACAGUUAUAAUCCAUAUGAUGGUACCAACGACAACCCAGAUUUGGAGCUCCCAUUGACUGCCGGAGCACAUGUAGGUGAACUAGCAGAUGCCCAUAGAGGACGGGUCCCAUCCACAUUUGUGGAUCCUGUUGUACAACCAACCAUGUCCAGUAUGCAUCCUCCAGCAGUCAGCCCCCUAUUCAGUAACUACUCCCAGGAUCCCUGGUGCUUAAGAAUGGACAGUCCUGUGAAGACUAACAUGUCUGCCCCUAGUGCAGAUAUUCUUGAUGUGGCCUUUGAAAAUGACAUAGUAGAAGCUAGUGCUGACACAGUGCCUUAUCCCAGGAGGCUAACUGUCAUCAAGCAGCUUACCAAAAGCAUCAUCAUUAGCUGGGAUCCACCCUUGGUGCCUGCUGGUUGGGGAGACAUAUUAAGCUACAACAUCUAUGUGGACAAAGAACUACGACUGAAUGUGUCCUUUGGCUCACAGACAAAGGCUGUGCUGGAGCGCCUUGAUGUCCAGCUGAAGACGUAUCGCAUCUCUGUGCAAAGUGUGACAGAUAAGGGCACCUCAGACCAGUUGCGCUGUACCUUCCUAGUGGGGCGGGAUGUGUGUGUGGCCCCCACCCAGCUAAAGGUGGAAAACAUCACCUCUACCUCGGCCAACCUCAUGUGGUUACCAAGCAACAGUAAUUAUGUGCAUGCGGUAUAUUUGAAUGGAGCUUAUUGGCAUCUGGUCAAGGCGGGAACUUACUCACUCUGCCUCGUCAACCUCCGACCAAACCAGAGCUACAGUGUAAAAGUGGAGUGUCACUCACCCCAAACACAUUAUGAGUUACCUCCACAUCAGAGGGAACACAGGAAUGCCAGCACCACCUUUACCACACUAAUGGCAGGGCCUCCUGAACCCCCAAGCAAUGUGCGGUUGCAGAUCGGUCCAUCCCCAGGCAUUGCUCUCGUUAAAUGGCUGCCUGUCUUGGUUGAUGCAGCUGGGACUUCUAACAAUGUGCAUGUAACAGGAUAUACCAUUUAUGCAGACAAACAAAAAGUCAUGGAGGUUUCCUCCCCAACAACCAGUAGCGUGUUGCUGGGUCAGUCUCAGAUCCACCUCCUGGAAAGUGCAUAUGAAUUGACGGUGCGGACCAUGUCUCCCCUUGGGGAAUCUGCUGACUCAGUGCCUGCUCAGGUCUUGCCAGAGCUUCUUUCAGCCAUCAGACAUGGGGUAUCUCUGGAUCCAAACUUGGAAAUGCCUGUAAGAAAUGUGUCCACGCUCCUUCGGAACCCACCACUAGGAGCCCCUGCCAAUUCCUUGGAUCAAGCCUCAAUGAUCCACGGAGAGAGUGGUAUCAUGCCAGAGGGCAGUGCCAAGCCUUUGCCCCCUACUAUUGGAGAACCUUUGAAAUCAUCCAAGAACCAAGGAAGUCAGCGGUUGAACCAUCUUUCGGAGACCUCGGACCAAAUUAUGCACAUCACCCAAGCCAACACAAGCUGUUCCACACAACUGUCUGCAGAACACAUUUCUCUGAAGUCUUCUAAAAGAGAACACCAGAGCGGCAAAAUGCAGAUGCCCCCUCUCCCGGACAUCCAGGAAGAGGAGGAACCCUACUCUGACAACCCAGAGUCUGGUGGAGCUAGUUGCAAGCCAGACCACUAUGAGACGGACAGUGAUGAGGAACAUUUGCGAAGACUUAUGAGGCUACCCUGGCAAGCUCAAAAUAAGAAACAUCUCGUCAGCAUUUCUGAAGGAACGGAGGAGGAAGACAACAUAGAAAAAUGUGUAGAGCCACCACGGCCAAGCUCUGCACAGAAUCAGCAAGUUGGACCACAGCAGGAGAAAAUUAUUGCUUCCAAGAACAUGGCAUCACCACCAGACCGACACUCAAACAACAACUCUGGGCCUGUAGGAGGUGAUCGUCUUCCAAGGAUCAGCAAACCCCAAGGCUCUGAGGUUUCAUAUGUCACUUCCAAACCUAGGCAUUACAUUGAUGGAGACCAAGGUGAGAGGUUAAGUGGAAGAUGUGGAAGAAUCCUACAUGCUAAGAGCAAACCAGAGCGCAGAGUACAUUACUCAGAUAUUGUGGAAAGUAUCAGCUACCAGGAAGAGGACUCAGAUAACAAUGUUAAUGCCACUAUCACAGAAAUUUUUAAGGCACCUGAAAGGGUACAUCAGUCUUAUCAUGUGGAAAGCUCACACAAGGGUGGAGACCAACUGAGGAAUGCUGUCUUGCAGAAGAACCUAAUGUCCCCCAUUCGGCAUUCAUCAGACCAGUACCUAGGGAGUAAGACUGUUAUAAGAACCAGGGCCAGUGAAGGCUCAGGAAUGGAAAUUAACUUGGAGUAUGGAACAGAAGACGAUGACGAAAGUGUCCUUGGUGGUCCAGCUGACGUUUUUGUAGAAAAGAUGUCUUCAGAAUGGUGGUUGGAGGGUGGACAAUCAAAAUUGCUGCAGGGGUUUGUGAGCUGCUCUGACCAGUUGAAUAAAUUCACCACAGAUACCUACAGGGCCAAGAAACCACAGCUGCUGUCUGAUAAAGUCUUUGAGCACAAGGUAGCCCGUAUCCCACAGCAUCACCACAGGAGAGUAAGAAUGGGUGCCUCAAAGACAGAGGGCUCUUAUGUGGAUAAACACCAUAAUAUGACAGAAGACGAAUCAUACCAGCAAUGUGCCAAAUUUGAACAGGCGAUGAAGGGUCAGAGCAUCAUAGACAACUAUCAAAGGGACACUUGCAGCAAUGAAGGCAAAUCAUGGGCUACAGUAAGCUGCACCCAGGAAAGACGGAGGCAAUCCUUAAUGAGAGUGCGAACAAAAACCAGGCGGCUUAAAGAUGGAGCGAGACUGGCAGCCCCAGAAGCUGGGAGAGAUCUGGAUGGGCUCUUUGAAGACAAUCCUACACGUAUCUUUGUGGCUUUAUUUCCUUAUGAACCUGCUGUCAUGUCCCCGAACCCGGAUACCGCAGAUGAAGAGCUGCCCUUCAUGGAGGGACAGAUCAUCCAGGUAUAUGGAGAUAAAGAUGCUGACGGUUUUUACUAUGGAGAAUCAAAUGGCCACUUUGGCUAUAUUCCAUGCAACAUGGUGUCUGAGGUUAAGGUGGGGGAUGAAGAGAGCAGACAGCAGCUACUGCAAUGUGGCUUUCUGCCUGCAGAGGUCCCCAUGGAGAAAUCAGAUUCCCGUCACUCAGCUAUGAAGCUUAAGGACCAAACUCCCUGCAGGAUGGUGGCGAUCUUCGAUUACGAUCCUCGGCAAAGCUCUCCAAACAUUGAUAUUGAGGCUGAGCUGACCUUCAAAGCAGGGGACACUGUGUUGGUGUUUGGCAAUUUGGACAGUGAUGGGUUUUUCUAUGGAGAGCUGAAUGGACAACGGGGCCUAGUUCCAUCUAACUUCCUCCGAGCUGUAUCUGAGACUGAGGUUGAGGAGUGUUGGGGGGCAGGGAAGGGAUGCAGGAGGACCGUGCAUUAUAAGCAUUAAAUGAAAGCCUUCCAUUGGUUAUGAAAGACAGAACCCCUAUGGAGUAAUUUCAAGCAAAACUUCUUCAGCUUUCAGUGGCUCUCCUCGAUCCUGAAGCACAUUCUCUGGUUUGGGUGCUUGGGGCCUCCGUCCUCCAUGGAUUUGUUAGUAUGUAGGUUUUUGUGUGAACUGGAAUUUUGUUCUGGUUUUUGUGUCUUCUGAUAGUAUCAGUUGUAGGGACUUGAUUCAGAUGAAGAAGUCUCUAGCUAGUAGUUAUCAAUAUGACAAACCAGUUAAGUUCUCCCCAAAUGAGCUUGAUGGGCCGAAUGGCCUCCUCUCAUUUUUAAAUUUCUUAUGUUGUUAUGUUCUUAUGGACAGCAUACAUCUUCAUAUAUUGCACAUUUGGGUGCUCUUUUGCCAGUAUGGCCUUGUUUAUCUCCAGGGACUAUUGUCCAUUGUUAUGAUUACAGUACUGGGUUGAAUUUUUAAGGUCAAGAAAUUAAACACUCAUUGUUUUUCUGUGAGAAGCUGUUAAAUGUGUUCCUGGGACAGGUAGUUUUGGGGUGCCUCAGAUGUUUUCUUUUUAAGGUGAUAACUCAAAAACUAUUUGAUGGAUCUUUUCAAACUUUGCAGGGGGGUUGUUUGUGUGUUGAACUGGAACUGAUCACCGAAAAAUUUAAAAAAAUUAAAUUUAAAACUUAGUGGCCGCAAUGGGAAGUGUGAAAGUAGAUGACAUUUGAAAUUGUGAAUAUGAUAGGUCAAAAAGUAUGUGAUAGAUCUCUUUACUGCUUCAUGCAAACAUUAUAUGGAUGGAGACCUACACGUGAUUUAAUUUUCAAACAAAUUGCCCCAAAAAUGAAGCAACGUGGUAGCAAAGGAAGAAAAUGGAAGCAGUAGAAUACAUUUGGUCUUGUGAACACCGUAGUUCUAAAAGUAUUUGACGUUUCUCAAAUGCACAUGAUAUGGAUGACAAACUUAAAGUGAUCAAAUUUUGAAGCAGAUUAGCCAAAAAUUGAAGCAGUGCUGCAUAGUGAUGACAAAGAAAAGAAAAGCCUCAGCCAGUAUGAUAACUCAGAAAUUGUCUGAUCUUUUCCAAACUUUGUAGACACAUUGUAUAGAUUAAGACUGUUAAAAUUUUGAGACAAAUCACACGAAAACUGUGCAUACUGACAGGAAAGACAAAAGUAAGAACCUUAACCUAGUGAACAGGAUAACUCUGUUUGUUAUUAUUACUCUAAUUGCUCUAUUUGAUUUUUGAAGGAUCUUAUUACCACUUCACAAGAACAUUAUAUGGAUGAAAAUCUACACCUGCAAAUCUUCCAUGAUAGACCCCAAAUCACCCUAAAAUUGGAAUUGCAGCAGAGGGUGAAAUGGAGGCUAUAGCCACCUACUUGUAAACACAGCUAUCUGCCGUGUAAACUUAUUCCGUGGAUCUUUUUUCAGACCUCCUAGGAACAUUAUAUAAGUCAGUAAUUCUUGACCUGUGGGGCACAAAAUGAUUUUCUGAAUAUUCUAUAAUAUAGUUUAUGCUGUUCUUGUUUUUUUUUGUCGCCGGCCUCCCCAUUUCGCAAAUUCUAUCAGUAGUAGUCUGAUAUCCGGUCAGCAAAAUAUGUUGGGGUGCAAAUUAUUGUGGGGGAAUUUUACUUUAUCAAGUUUUUUUGGAGAGGUGGGGAGAAUGUAUAAGGUAUGCUUGUAAUAAUAUUUUUGUUAUAUUGCAAUAUUUUCAUUCUGUGUAAUUUAUCAAAAGUGAAUCCCUCUGCCCUCACUUAGCUAAAUUUACCGUGGGAGACUUUAGUUAUGUCAUUUAGCUCUAGUCCUAGUCAGCGGUGUAAUAACAGGCUCAAAUUUGGUGAAGCUGUAAGUCCAAAUUGUGUACAUUGGACUCCCAUUUCCUGUCCGCAACAUAAUUUUUUUUUUCUGCUCGCAAGUGAUAGAGCCAAGAGUUACAAAUACUUUGAUCUGUCAUGUAUACCAUGUAGACUAUAAAUAACUAUGUUCAUUUUGUUUGAUUUUUUUAAUUUGCAAAAUGGACAUGUCAGUGCAGUUGUGCAAGUCAACGAAAGUGUACAUGCAUCUUUUGUUACCCAAACACAAUGGCACUGAGUCUUGUGAUAUGAGCCUGAAAUGGCUGAUUGAUGCAAUUUAUGUCUUUGGAUGACAUUCUGGGUACACAAACUCUGAUAGCAAAUAGAUAUGUAAUUGGUAACUAAAUGACUACACAGCUGUUAUGUCACGGAAAAUGCUGGUCAUAGUGCAAAAGAAAACUAAAUAGAAUGUAAAUAUUAAGACAUAUUCAUAAUAUAAGUGGCACUUUAAGACAUGGACAUAAAAACAUAGAAAUACAGGUAAAAACCUAAUUGGUGGGAAAAGAUUGUGUAAACUGGCAUGUAAGUGCAAUGUGCAGUAAAUAGCAGGUGUUGUUUCAGAGGUACAUGCAAGGACUAGGACUCCUGGUAUUCAAGUACAAACACAUUUAUUGGCUUUCAUAUCUCCAGUUAGUCCAUCCAGUACAUCUAGAAAUUGUAGAGGCUGGGGGGUGUGCGAGGAGUAAGUAUUAGAUAGGCGGGGGGUGACAUGGGUUUCUGGGAAAUACAAUGCUAUUAUUUGGACAGCCCUGAUUCUCGUUUUAAGUCUUUUGCAGCAUGUGCAGCUAAUACCUUUGCAAAACAUUAUACAAUCAAGUUCCUGACAAUAUGAGGUGCUUUUCUAACUGUGAAGAGAACACAAUGAAUAUUUGUAUGGCUGAAAAAGAAAAUCAUUUUAUUGUGAUAUUGUUAAAGGUUUGCUGACAGUUUUUCUUAAUGAAAAGAACUACUUCUCGAUAACUCUUUCUCAGUAAAUUUCUGUAACCGCUAGGAGGGUACUAUCUGUGCUUCUCUGGCACAUCCCUGCUUUACAGAACUAUUUAAACUAGUAUCUCAGUAUUAGAUGCUUAGAAGCUGAAGCUUAAAAAGCUAAUGGAUUUUAGCCUUAAGUGAUGAUUGUUAGUCUUAAUGCACCCACUUAAUGGAGUAUGAUGGGAAUGUAUGUAUGCUGGUUUCUGCCUUAUGUUUUAUACGUACCAUCUGCAAAAGAGCUGACAGUUUGCUACCAUGUGUAUGUAUGGUUAAUCCAUUCAAUGACAUACAGUGCAAAAGAGUGUUCACUUUUUAGUUUCAGCGGAUACCUAACAUGUCACUAGGGAGUUUUUGUUCCUCUAUCAGUAGUAUAUGUUCUUUAAAAAUCAUUUCUGUAAAUGGAGGUUCAUUUGUGAAUAUAGCUGUAUCUGUGUCCUUCGUACUGUCUAUGUACUUGUAGACAUUUAGUUUUUGCCACAAAAACUGGUCCAGGGAUAUUUUGCGACUAAUUAAAAUUUUAUUUUUGCAAGAAUAAAGUGUAUUUUUUGCAAACACUGUGCUGUUUUUCAAUACAGCUUUCAUUUGAUGAUGUGAUAUUAUCCAAAGAGAUGGGUGGAGUUGGCAAUGAUGCAGCAAUGUUGUAUGAUAACAUAGUUUAGUUUAGUUUUCUUCAGUUUAA